AGGGUCGUCCUCCUCCAUCUCUCCCAAAAAAAAGCUCUCAUCAAAUUGAGACUUCUCUUUGCGUUACCGAGAAAGAAGAGAAGAUAACAUAAGCUGAAAAUGGCGCAAGAAACGUUGAAGCUUGUUUCCCCAUGCAUCGACCACGAGGGCCGGCUCCCCCGGAAGUACACCCGCGACGGCCAGGGCGCCCGGAAGGACAUCUCGCCGCCGGUGGAGUGGUACGGGGUUCCAGAGGGGACCAAAUCUCUGGCACUCGUGGUCGAGGACGUGGACGCCCCCGACCCGUCGGGCCCCAUCGUCCCUUGGACCCACUGGGUGGUCGUCAACAUCCCUCCCUCCGUCAAGGGCCUUCCUGAGGGCUUCUCCGCCAAGGAGGAGGAACUCGGCGGCGAAUACGCCGGCAUCAAGGAGGGCACCAACGACUUCAAGGUCCCAGGGUGGCGCGGCCCUAAGCCACCGUCGGCCGGCCACCAUUUCCGGUUCAAGCUCUAUGCCCUCGACGACCUGGUCCAUCUCGGCAACAAGGUAACCAAGGAUAAGCUGUUGGAUGCGAUUGAAGGACAUGUGCUAGGAGAAGCAGAAUUGGUGGCCAUCUAUUAAACAAGCUGAAAGAAGCCUUCUAAUCGUUUCCUUGUUUAAGUUUGCUAUUCCCAAUCCUUUUUGACACAUCAAACUUUUAUAAAUAAUACAAGGCGGAAGCAUGAUAAUAAGAGCUGCUGCUACAUCAUUUGUCGUCGUCUUGAAGAUGGAUGGUUUCGUUCAUUCAGGGAAUUUGAAUCGGGUUGUAUUUGGUGCCGAAUAUGAUGCAUCACAGGAUGGAUGAUGUGACAGCUGUCUAAGGUUGUGCAACCCUUUACCAUGCAUGUCACAAAUCCAUAUAUGUAUUAAGAAGAAUUGGUUGGGAUCAUGACUAUUGCAUGCAUGUUGCAUGCUUUUUUUGUUGGUAAGUCGGAUUUGUUAAAUCAAUUUAAAAAAAACACAUUCGUAGGAAUCAAUAAAUAAUAAAAUAUUAGAAAAUUUGUCAAAAAAUCUAGUACCAU